AUGUGUACCUUUUUCUGGUGCCACGUCCUCUGCCCGUGCCCGUACGAAAAGGACUGCGCCCUGGCCCGGAACCGCAUCGUCUUCUGGGACGGCCUGUGGCGCCACCAGACGGCCAAGCAGGCCCCCGUGCCGGACUCGGGGACGACGUGCGAGCGGCGCAAGGAAAAGUUUGGCGAGGACGCGGCGCCGGACUGGAAGUGUCCGUACCGGGACCUGCUGGGCUGGAUGGUGGAGCUGACGUACGUGGUGGACUCGAAGCCGUGCGCCGAGUGCCGGCAUAAGUGCAAGGCGAACUUUGAGAGGAGGAUGGAGGAGGAGGGGAGGGCAGCCGAGGCGGUUGUGUCGUAG